CUAACAUCCGGUGUAUUCCGAGAGUCGGAAACGGAAACGACUGCUUGAUCGAUUAAUCCACGCCACGCCGAUUAAUCCACGUUACACGCAGGCACCAUGAAGAUCGCUAUGCUGCUGAUGCUCGUCGUCGCUUUCGCUUCAGCUCAACGGAUCACAACGAUUCAGCUGGACGGUGUACAGUACUUUGUGUCCCGGAUGAACCCAUACAGCCCAGAACUGAACUAUUUUCUGGCCUACCAAUACUGUCGCUCUUUGGGCCUUCAACUGGCCUCUUUCGAGACGAAGGAAAAAGCUGACACGAUGACGCAAUAUUUGAAAAACGCCGGCUACGUGAAAUACGACUUUUGGACAUCGGGCAACAAAUUGGGCACGGACAUGUUCCUGUGGAUGAGCACGGGUCUCCCCUUCAACGCUACCUUCGAUUACAUGUUGAGGCGACCUGGCAACAGACCCGCUGAUGUUCCACCUGGUACUGAACCUCAACGAGUAGCGCGUGAAAGCGGCGACAGCGGCAGCGCGGACGGAUGCGUCGCGAUGGCUGCGCCCACGUUAGCCUGGGAGGCACAGGACUGCACCCUCGUUAAGGACUUCAUCUGCGAGCAAACAAGAUGCUACUACUACAACUACGGCAGCAUUCCAGUCUCUGCGACUCAGGGAAAUCGCAGACCCUACAUAACAACCACCUCGGCGCCAGCCAGCGACGACCAGGUCGAAGACCACGAGGAAAGCGAUAGCAGCAAGAACGACGAGAACGAGAACGAGAGCAUCGACAGCAUCGUCGACGAGAAGGCAACACCCGAGGAGAGUUCCGUCGAGGAGAAAUUACCUGAAGACCCGGUCGUCAGCAGGCUGAUUACCACGGCCGUUCCCGCGUCUGACAAGCAACAACCACCGUCCACAUCUUCGCCGGUCGCCACCGAGGAAGAUCACGAGCAACCGACCAACGCUGAGCUGGACAACGCCAGGCCAGAUCAUCUUCCGGACAUAACCAGCUUGUUCACCGACAGUCCUGGCCCACAGGCCAGAAAGGACAACGUGUUCGAGGGUCUACAAACGCGAGAGAUUCAUCGUUCCUCUUUGCGCUCGUCCACCGACAUGAAGGUCGAACAUCGAGAGUCGCCUGAUUACGUGGAACCACAAGGUGAGACAGAAACUCCUAACAACGGUCUGGAGGACGCUCACACUGUCGGCCCGUACGACAGCGUUCAAGAUUACUACGCGAACGACCAACCGGAGGCGGCUGAAUCGUCGAUGAUGAAGGAUCAGGACGAUGACAGCAGCACGAUCCUGCCAGAGGCGGAACCGGCCUACAGGUACAACAUUAAAGUGCGCACCAACGGCAAAGUAUUAGAUCCUCCGUCCAAGUAAACGCUUUACUCAUUAGGCUAUAUCGUCCCGCGUUAUUAUUCGUUGAUAAGUGAAGCAUGGGAGAUUCUCGAGGAACUAGAUGUAUUAUGUACGUUCACAUGUGUAUAUCGUGGAUAAUUAUCGGGCACACGCGAGUGCCGUCAUCUCUCAUUUGUUCGUUUUGAUUUCCAGCAACGCAUUCCCGCGGAUACUCGUCGGAAUAAUCUUCGUCGUUCAAGAGCGACGGAAGGAGAGAAACUUCAUUGCUUUCGACAGCUUUGUCCGACGACUAAACGAAAAGACGAUUUCAAUCGAUUAAUAGAUUAAGCUGAAACUGUUUGCUCAAAGAAACUGAAACGAAAGGGUAAAUUUAAGUGGACGAUUCUCCUUCCGUCGCUGAAUUCUCGACGAUGACCGACGUCCUUUUAACUGGAGUAUUUGCAAACUCGUUCAUUCGACUCGUUUCUUAAUCGCCCAUUCUGUGACGCUGGCAGACGUGUUGCAUCUGCGUUACUGAUCGAUUCUUCUUCUUUGAUGAUGUUUAAUGGAAACUUUGAGGCAAGUAGCUGGGUAGAUAGUAAUGCGAACGCGAGAACUCGUCUGCGUGGGAUCUCAGGCAUUAUGGUAGGAAACGGUUGCAGCUAUUAAAGCUGACCGAGGAUAAUGAUCGUUGUAGGGAGUUGGUAGUCUGCCAGCGCCACGAAUCUUCAUGCAUAUCGAUGUAAUCAUCUUAGGUAAUAUUAUCCCUACGUCUGCAAGAUGAAACGUUCUGCAAUCGAUCGACCUGACCCUCCUUCUCCUUUGCUUUCGAAUCGAAUGUUGGAAAAAACCGAUCGACCGACUUGACGCAUCCAGUGCCAUUUUCAAACUCCAGAAAAUCCUUCCAGUUGUUACAUUUUAACAUCGUUUCCAUCGAAAUAGCUGACAGAUUCACGAGUCAUCCAGAUAUGGUACUCAGAAUGUUGAAUAAGUUUUCGAUCGAUCUAUUGUCAACGUUUGCUGCAAAGUCGGAGAAUUUGGGCUCUCGAAGGAUAGCUAACGAAUCGACGUUAUUCAAGGAAGAAGCGUGAAUCGCAACGUUUCCGUCAUCCAGACGUAUGAUAAUGAAAAAAAAAAAAAAAUGAAA